CGCUUAUUGAUUUUUUAUUUUACGACAAUUGGGUCUUUAAAAACCACUGAUUGAUUUUUGAAAUCCGCCAUUUGGGACCGUGCGCACUGUACAAUCUUGAAGACCUCAUUUAGGAUGUAGUCUUUCUUCCUCUCUCUCUCUCUUUAAACAACCUUCUUUUUUUUUAGAAAACAUGUCUACUUUUGUUUUAUCAAUGUUCUCACUUUCCGGCAAAACUGCUGCAGUAUCCGGCUGCACGCGUGGUAUUGGUCGAGCCAUGGCACUUGGUUUGGCCGAAGCUGGUGCAGAUAUUUGUCUACUUCAAAGAAACGUAGAAGACUACAAGGUCCGUGACGAAAUUCGAGCCUUGGGCCGUAAAGCCGAAAUUGUAUACCUGGAUGUGUCGGAACAAGAAAGUGUUCGUGAUGUUGUGGAGCGUAUUUUAGCCGUGUUUCCCACGUUGGACAUUCUCGUCAAUAAUGCGGGAAUUCAGCGGAGAUAUGAUGCUGUUGAUUUCCCAGAAUAUGAAUGGGAUGCUGUUAUUCAAGCUAACCUCAAAUCCGUAUGGACCAUCAGCCAGGCAGCUGCAAAGCAUAUGAUUUCUCGUGGAGGAUCAGGCAAAAUCAUUACUACAGCAAGCUUGAUGAGCUUCCAGGGCGGUAUUCGUGUUCCUGCUUAUGCAGCUGCUAAAGGUGGUGUUGCUAUCUUGACCAAGGCAUUGGCAAAUGAAUGGGCCAAGCACGGUAUCAAUGUCAACGCUAUUGCACCGGGUUAUGUCAAUACCGACUUGACCGAAGCACUAGUGAAGGAUCCCGUACGUAGCAAGGAAAUCCUUGCGCGUAUUCCUGCUGGACGCUGGGCGUCAUCUGAUGACUUUAAGGGACCUGUUGUCUAUCUUGCUAGCCGUGCAAGUGACUAUGUACAUGGAGAAAUUAUGGCUGUCGAUGGUGGAUGGUUGGCUCGAUAAACAAUCCCUUCUCAAUGGACAAAUAAACUCUCAUUUUAAAUACACA